CUGCGGCUCCAAAACCCUGAGCGAACUGUGGCGGGGGCUCCGAAACUCGGAAGAUCAAGCUCGCGCAUCUUUCCUAGCCCAUCCUUUGUAGCGCAGGGAAUCCCCCUCCGGUUAGUGUCCGGUGACGAGGAGAGGGUCUGCGGGCGCCCCCUUCUCGGCGACUCGGGGCCGUGCGUCUUUUCCAUUCCAGAGGCAGAUAGAGACAUCGGCAUCUACCAGUAUUAUGACAAGAAAGAUCCACCAGCGACAGAGCAUGGUAACUUGGAGGAAAAGCAGAAACUAGCAGAAUCACGAGAUUAUCCUUGGACGCUCAAAAAUAGACGCCCAGAAAAACUUCGAGACUCACUCAAGGAGUUGGAGGAACUGAUGCAAAACAGUCAAUGUGUGCUGAGCAAAUGGAAGAACAAAUAUGUCUGUCAGCUCCUCUUUGGUUCAGGUGUGCUGGUGUCGCUAAGCCUUUCUGGGCCACAGCUGGAGAAAGUGAUGAUUGACAGAAGCCUAGUGGGGAAGCUCAUCUCAGACACAAUCAGUGAUGCUCUUCUUACAGACAAUUUCAUCCUUUUAUCAUUUUUGGCACAAAAUAAACUAUGUUUUAUUCAGUUUACUAAGAAGAUGGAUUCUCCUGAUGUGAACAGAAGACUAGAAAAACUAUCAACCUUGGAUUACAAGAUUUCCUAUUAUGAAAUACCUGGCCCAGUAAAUAGAACAACAGAACGUCGUCUAGCUAUCAAUUGCAUUCAGGAUAUAGUUGUUUGUUGGUGGCCACUGGUCAGUGAUGAUGGUUGGCCGUGGGCCCCAAUUUCUUCUGAGAAGGAAAGAGCCAAUCUGCUGCUGCUGGGUUAUGCUCAAGGAAAACUGGAGGUUCUGAGUUCUAUUCGCACAGAAUGGGAUCCACUGGAUGUUUGCUUUGGUGCCAGACAGCCUUAUCAGGUGUUCACAGUGGAACAUACCAUCAGUGUAGACAAAGAACCCAUGGCUGACAGCUGUAUCUAUGAAUGUGUUCGGAACAAAAUCCAUUGUGUAUCAGUCACCAGAAUACCACUAAGAUCAAAAGCCAUCAGCUGCUGCAGAAAUGUUGCUGAAGACAAACUGAUUCUGGGCUGUGAAGAUUCUUCAAUAGUUCUUUAUGAAGCUCACCGCAGAGUGACUCUCUUGGCCCAGGCUGAACUUUUGCCUUCAUUAAUAAGCUGCCACCCAAGUGGUGCUAUUCUGCUUGUUGGCAGCAACCAAGGGGAGCUGCAAAUUUUUGAUAUGGCUCUGUCCUCUAUUAAUAUCCAGCUCUUAGCUGAAGACCGCUUACCCAAGGAGACUCUUCAAUUCAGUAAAUUCUUUGAUAUUUCCAGCAGUCUUGUUCAAAUGAAGUGGAUAGCUCCUCCAGUUGUUUCCCAGAAGCCUGAAAGUAAGGACAUCUAUGAUCGCCUCUUCCUCAUGUUUGACAGAGGACCUUUAGGUGUGCUUUUGUUUAAACUUGGUAUCCUCACUCAAGGACAGCUUGGCCCAGUAGACAUCAUCUUCCAGUACAUUCACUAUGAUGAGAUUUAUGAGGCGAUAAACAUCCUGAGCAGCAUGAACUGGGACAGUCUGGGCCAGCAGUGCUUUAUCAGCAUGACUGCCAUUGUGAACUAUCUUCUUAGGCAAAGGCUCACUCCAGAGAGAGAAGCACAGCUUGAGGCAAGCCUUGGAACCUUCUAUGCUCCGUCAAGACCACUGCUGGAUACAACUAUUUUGGAAUAUAGAGACCAGAUCAGCAAAUAUGCAAGGAGAUUUUUCCACCACUUGCUCAGGUACCAAAGGUUUGAAAAGGCAUUUCUCCUAGCUGUUGACAUUGGUGCUCGAGACCUGUUUAUGGAUAUCCAUUACCUUGCCCUAGAUAAGGGUGAAUUGGCACUAGCUGAAGUGGCAAGGAAAAAAGCGAGUGACAUUGAUGAAGAAUCAAUAACCUCUGGAGUUGGAGAAAUGAGAGAAGAUUACAGAAGACAGGACAUAGGAAAUGGCAGUUCUCUCAGAACGGUGCACUUUGGUUUGGUGUAAAUAAUAAGAUUUUUCUAGCUACAAAAAGAAAGCUGCUUUUUUCACAUCUAACUUUUUUGUGACUUGAUUCAAUUGAAAUCUCCCUGUAUAGAUUUUUAUAAAGGGGACUAUAGUAUGCAGCAUAGUAUAACAAUAGCAAAGUCAACCUAAAUAAAAACUUUUGCCUACUUA